UAGUGGACUGCUGGUUAUUAGUUAUGUGAGUGCACUGAGUGAUCGGGUUUCGGAUACAGACGUGGUGAGCUAAAAAUCGUUAUUUUGCGGGUCUGACAAACGGAGAGGUACUACUUCAGUUAGGAUGGAGUACAUGGCAGGACCUCCCACAAGUAGUCAGGGAAACAUACUUUGCUGCCAGUGUGGUAUUCCCAUCCCUCCGAAUCCUGCAAAUAUGUGUGUGUCAUGCUUACGAACUCAAGUUGACAUCAGUGAUGGAAUCCCUAAGCAAGUCUCAGUCAAUUUCUGCAAACAGUGUGAACGCUAUCUGCAACCCCCUGGAACAUGGUUGCAAUGUGCCUUGGAAUCCAGAGAACUUCUAACACUAUGUCUGAAAAAGCUGAAAUCUUCAUUGAGCAAGGUGCGGCUUAUUGAUGCAGGCUUCAUCUGGACUGAGCCACAUUCAAAGAGAUUAAAAGUAAAAAUGACAAUACAAAAGGAGGUGAUGAACGGAGCCAUUCUGCAGCAAGUGUUUGUGGUGGAUUUUGUUAUUCACUCCCAAAUGUGUGAAGAUUGCCACAGAGUGGAAGCAAAGGAUUUCUGGAAAGCUGUAGUCCAGGUUCGCCAAAAGGUUCUGCACAAGAAGACUUUCUAUUAUUUAGAACAAGUCAUUUUGAAACACAGACUCCACCAGAACACGCUGCGUGUCAAAGAAAUUCACGAUGGGCUGGAUUUUUACUAUGCUUCCAAGCAGCAUGCGCAGAAGAUGGUAGACUUUCUCCAGUGCACGGUGCCAUGCAGGUCCAAAUCUUCACAACGAUUGAUCUCGCAUGAUGUCCAUACUAAUACUUAUAAUUACAAGAGCACCUUUUCAAUGGAAAUUGUUCCAGUAUGCAAAGACAAUCUUGUAUGUCUCUCUCCAAAACUGGCACAGAGCCUUGGAAAUAUGAACCAGAUUUGUGUGUGCGUUCGUGUAACAAGUACCAUUCACUUGAUUGAUCCCAGUACACUGCAAAUUGCUGAAGUGGAUGGAAACACGUACUGGCGCAAUCCAUUCCACAGCUUAUUCCAUCCUAAACAAUUGGAAGAGUUUAUUGUUAUGGACACAGACAUUAUAAGAGACCGAAAACAAGGAGCUGGGGCAGGCAUGAGAUCAAACAAACACACACUUGCUGAAGUCUGGGUGCAAAAGACAUCGGAAAUGAACACCAACCAGCAGUAUCAUUGUCGUACUCAUUUAGGGCACCUUCUCUCCCACGGUGACCUUGUUAUGGGAUUUGAUUUGGCGAAUUGUAACCUGAAUGAUGAGUUCAUUAACAAGAUGAAUCCUCACCAUCUUCCUGAUGUGGUGUUAAUCAAGAAGAGUUAUGAUCGCACAAAACGACAACGUAGGAGGAACUGGAAACUAAAAGAGUUGGAGAGAGACAGGGAAGGCAUGGAUACGGACGAUGAAAGGCAAUAUCAAGAUUUUCUUGAAGAUCUUGAAGAAGAUGAACUAAUCAGGAAGAAUGUUAACAUUUUUAGAAAUGCUAAUAUUCCAGUAGAAAGUGACACUGACGAGGAAGGAGCGCCACGAAUUAGUCUUGCAGAGAUGUUGGAAGAUCUACACAUUUCUCAAGAUGCUACCGGUGGGGAAGGAGCAGAAAUGUUUACUGAAUAGUUUCAAUUGCUGAUGUAUUUAGGUGAAAAAGAUUUCAAAUAAAUUCUGUCUGAACCGUCUAAAACAUGCACUCAUACAUAUUUCUCUCUGAACUUGGAUUUCCAUACACUAAGCUCUUCUGUGUUUGCAUUUCUUCUGAGUGACAAAAUAUUAAAAUAACAAAUGUUUAAGCUUUUA